GUAGCCAAAAAAACAGAUACCGUGACUAAAAAGCGACUCCACCACCGCAUCGCAUUUCCUAAUCAACCGCAUAUCCUCCAUUAUAUUCUCCUCUCACCAUGCUCCGUCGUAUCUUCACCCAUAGAACCACCGUCAACCGCCACCGUUACCGCCGAUUAUUCUCCACUAAUCACUCCGAUCGCAACUCCACAAAUCCAAAGAAUUCACCAGACGCACCUCCGCCACCGUCACUUCCGGUCCUCCACCGUCUCCGACCUAAUUCCAUUUCACGUUUAUCUCGAACAUCUCCGUUUACCGUUUCAGCAACCCUGAUUUCAACCGCAGCAGUUGUUGCAGCAUCAUACGCACUGAUUUAUAACGAAACCGAAGUUAUAAACGACCAGAACAAGAAUAACUAUCAAUUUGUUGAUGAAAUUGAGCAAUUGAUUGACCGGUCAAAGGAUUCGUUGACCAGAGUAGUGAACACGAUGAAGAACACCGGUGUUGCAGCGACGGUGCUGUGGAAGUCGCUGCACUCGGUAUUAUCAUCGGCGAAUCAUGAGGUUAGGUUAGGGUUUGAGGUUAGGGUUGCGGCGUUGUUGGCGGAUAUUGUGGCGGCGAGUGAGAGUCGUAGGGCGGCGAUUGUUGGUGCUGGUGGUGGUGUGGUGGUGGACUGGUUGUUGGAGGCGGUGGCGAUUGGUGGUGGAGGGAGUUGUGGGACGCAGGCGGAGGCGGCUAGGGCUUUGGCGUAUUUGAUUGCGGAUCAGAAUGUUUGUGAGAACGUCCUUGGUAGGCCGAAUGCUGUUACUAAUCUUCUUAGGUUUAUAUUUUUUGCUCAACCGCAUCAAUCGAAAAAGCAUUUUUGUGAAAGCAGCAUCCAAGGCGCAAUUCGGCCGAUUUUUCCGAUCCUUCAAAAGGUAGAAGCAUGCUCGUUACAGCAAUAAUGGAUAUCGUUACAUCCAAUUCUGAUGAUGUCGACAUGAUCCGGCUUAAGCCCGAGCUGUCCAGUGCAGCUGCUAUGCGAGAUAUCGCAGCCGCACUACAAGUUAUCGAAGAAGGCGGCAUGCACAUGGAUGAUCCGCCAGGUGGCGAGCAAGAUGACGACGACGGUGGGCCCGGACUAAAAGGAAUCGGAAUUAAAGUUCUUGGCGGUACAACUGUUGUAGGUCUUUCCACAAGUAAUGGGUCAUCAAUGGAGCUAGAUAAAUCUUAUAAAUCUAGUUCAAAAACGCUUAAAUAUAACAAAUUAAACGAUAACUCUUCGGUCGUCAUCCCUGGCUUGUGGGAUGAUUUGCAUUCUCAACAUGUUGCGGUUCCUUUCGCCACAUGGGCUUUAGCUAAUUGGGCAAUGGCAUCCGAUGUAAAUAGAUCGCAUAUCCAAGAACUUGACCGCGAUGGACAUGCAAUCAUGUCGGCUUUAGUAGCGCCCGAGAGAUCAGUAAAAUAUCACGCAAGUUUAGUGGCCCGUUUAUUGUUAGAAGACCAAAACCUCCCCAUAAACGAUUAUAUUUCCGAUUGGAGUUCAACCCUUCUUAAAACCGUUGCUCAAGCGAGUAAAACCAGCGAUAUCUCGUUGACUCGUGUUGCUUUGACUGCCUUUUUAUCAUCUAUUGAGCGGAGCCCACAGGCUCGAACAGUAGUUAUGGAAAAGGGUCUUGAUUUAAUGAGGGAAACUGCUAAACGGACGAUAGAUCACAAUUCAGUACAAGAAUCGUUGGCUAAAGGUUUGGAAUUACUUUGCUCGGGAGACGUGCGUUUGUCUUAUUCGGAAGGACAAAAGUGGUCUGGCAUUUUACUUCCUUGGGUAUUCAGGGAAAAUUCAUCGGAUUCGAUUAGAUCUUCGGCUAUAACUAUACUUUCUAGAAUUUGUGAAGAUUAUGGGCCGUCUUCCGUACCGAUUUCUCAAGGUUGGUUAACUGUUAUGCUUUCCGACAUUCUGAAAUUAAGAAAGUUGUCUCUUAAAGGGAGUGCUCAGCCUCGGGACAAAGUGAAGACUCAAAUUGAUCAGGCAAAUGUAGUGUCCGGAAGUCAAAGUGUUAACCAAUUGGCUAACGCCGUGGUUAAUUUAGCUUUAAAUCAGCCGGGGACAGAGUCUAUUAACGGUGAUUUAUCUGCGUUGACAGAUUUUCUCUCUCUAGAACCCUUCAUCGGAACAUACAAAAAUCGAAAAAACGACAACGUCCCUAAAGUGAACGCUGCAGAUUCUGCACUAGCAACUCUAAAAGGGAUCAAAGCAAUGACAGAGAUUUGCAGUGAUGACUCGGUUUGCCAAAACAAAAUAAUCAAUUACGGUGUGGUUUCUUUACUCCGUCGGUUUUUAUUAAAAGACGAUUAUGAGAAAUUAGCAGCGAUUGAAGCGUACGAUGCGUCAAGAGACAUGGAACCGAAGGAGAACGCUGUAACCGUUCAUGGUGAGCCGUCGAUUCAAGAUGCUCAUGGUCGUGGCUCGUCUAGUGUCCGUGUCCCACCCGUGGCUCAUGUUCGAAGACACGCGGCUCGGUUGUUGACCUUGCUCUCGGUUCAUCCGAAAGUCAAAAAGAUGAUUAGAGAUGAUGAAGCAUGGUGUCACUGGCUUGAAGAAUGCGCAAAUGGAAAGAUUUCGGGAAAUAAUGAUCUUAAAACUCAAAGCUAUGCUCGAGCAACGUUAUUAAAUAUCUUUUGCGAUGAUGAUGAUGAUUCCGGAGAUAAAAAUAAAAACACUCGGUGUGCUCGUUAUACGGAGAUGAUUUUUUUAAUAAACCCUGAUAUGCCUCACUGGGAUUGUCGAAAAGUAAGGCAUAUAUCUACAGAAACAGAAAAUCAAACUGAUGUUACUGAUGACAUCAUCCUUAAUCAAACUGAUCCUUCACUUGAUGUUAUAUUUGUUCAUGGGCUACGUGGUGGCCCGUUUAAGACUUGGCGGCUAUCGGAGUGCAAGUCUUCAUCUAAGUCCGGGCUUGUUGAAAAGAUCGAUGAAGAAGCUGGAAAACAAGGAACUUUUUGGCCUGGAGAGUGGCUUUCAGCCGACUUCCCGCAUGCUCGUUUGUUUAGUCUUAAGUACAAGACGAAUCUUACGCAAUGGUCUGGGUCAAGCUUGCCUCUCCAGGAAGUUAGCUCCAUGCUGUUGGAAAAGCUAAUUGCGGCACAAAUUGGUGAUCGACCAGUCGUAUUUGUAACACACAGUAUGGGCGGAUUGGUUGUAAAGCAGAUGCUACAUCAGGCAAGUGCAGAAAACAGAGGCAAUCUUGUCAAAAACACUGUUGGUGUGGUGUUCUACAGUUGCCCACAUUUUGGUAGUAAACUUGCAGAUAUGCCUUGGCGAAUGGGUUAUGUAUUUCGCCCUGCACCAUCGAUAGGAGAGUUGAGAAGUGGGUCUACAAGAUUAGUGGAGCUUAACGACUUCAUUCGUGAUCUUCAUAAAAAAGGAUCUCUUGAUGUUCUUAGUUUUUGUGAGACUAAAGUAACUCCAAUAGUUGAAGGCUAUGGUGGAUGGGCUUUUCGAUUGGAAAUAGUUCCGAUUGAAUCUGCAUAUCCUGGAUUUGGCGAACUUGUUGUUUUGGAGUCAACAGAUCAUAUAAAUUCAUGCAAGCCGAUUAGCCGAACCGAUCCUUCUUAUAGUGAAACUUUGCAGUUUUUGCACAAACUUAGAGCAGCAUAUAGAUGAAGAGAAUUAUGGCAAAUAGGUUAUGCCACAGAUUCACCCCAAGAGGCUAAGACGUUCGAAGAAGGAAAAUUACCAAUUUACCCCUAGUUUGACUUGUUCGGAUUUGUUGUUAUGCCCACAGAUUCACUCCAAGAGGCUAAGAUGUUUGAAGAAGGAAAAUUACCAAUUUACCCCUAGUUUGACUUGUGAUUUGUUGUAUAGAUGGUUGGGCCUUCAUUGGUUAGAAUGGUAUUAUCAAUAGAAAAUAACAAAAAAAAAAAAAACAAUACUGAAUACCCAAAUCAUCACACCUCAUUUGAAUUGGGUUAUACAAUCUGUAACACCAUUGUAAAUUGAAUAUAUGGAUUCUUUUAUUUUGUUA